CUUUUUACGACGUGUUAUCCUCCAGCGUUUCUUAGCCUUUCACUAUCUGACCCACGCCUUUAAGAACGGCAGUACCCCCAUCGGAGCGACACCUUCCCAAGACGCAGUGUCAACGUGCUUUCCCAAACAACCUUUCUACCGCGGCUUCCCAGUCAACAAGUAAAUCUUGGGCCCGAGUCUCAUAUGGUUGCUGCUACAAAGCGGUCGCUUUCUGAAUUCCUUGAAGGCGAUGAACUGUUCGUGGAAGCUGAGAGAGACGAGAUGAUAACAGGAAAUCACGCAGGUGUUAAGCUGGCUCUCCAAAACACUGAAAUCCCUGUUAUACACUCAAAACUUGAUCAGCUCCGCAAGGAUGUUGAAAAGCUUGGAGCGGAACUGGCCGGAACUAAACAAGAACUGGCUGGAAUUGAACAAAGACUGGCCGGAACUGAACAAAAACUGUCCGAAUCUCAACAUGCAUCUGAUCAGUUCGGGCAGCAGGCGCGCGCACAAUUCAGCAAUGGUUUCAUCGAUGUUAUGAAUGAUACGGCGGUUGAAACUCAACGACUUAUCCAUAUUGGAAAUGUAAGAGCCCAUGGAGGCCAUUUCAAGGCGGAUGCCUACUUUUAUGAAGAAGAUUCGCGUUAUCUCAAUGAAGGUGGAAAGGUACACCCACCAUGCAAUGGUCGGGAUACCUUUGUGCUUCUCUAUGGGGUUGAUCCUAGCCUUGCUAAGAAGAUCGACUACAUUCCGACAAUCAAUGUAUUAGAAAGACAUGCUACAGUCAAGGCCUCUGAGAAGAGAAUAGGAAUCGACUUAUUUGAGGAACGGUUCAACAAAUUUCUAGAUGCCUUGGUUUCAGCUGGGUAUGCAGGUGACUACUUGGAUCUCAUGCAAGCAGAUGCUCAGCUUAAUGAACUCCAUGAAGCAUAUAAGGCUUUCUGGGUUGCUAACAGAUUGGUGCGAUGA